AUUUUAAAUAAAGAAGGAUUCAGAGAAAUCUGAUCCAGAAAAAAUUCAAAUAAAAAUAAAAAGAAGCGAAAUUUAAAUUAGAAAUAAAAAAGAAUUACCAGAAACAAGAGAAUUGAUUCUCUCUCCAUGGCCCCUGGUUUUGCCUUUCUUCUUCAUCCACCAUCUCGGAUAUAUAUACAAACAGGCAUUCCUGUACGGCCCCAUCCUUAUCUUCUCAGAUCUCUCGCCGCUUCAUCUAUUGGACGACAAUCUCGAGAGCACCUUUUACACCAGACGCGCGGAGCUUCAUAUGACGGCGGUGGAGGCUGUUGGAGGGCUGCUGGAACCGGCCGGAGAGGCGGCGGCCUCUCCGGUGAGGCACGUCAACACUGGUGUCGGUAAGGGCGGUAUACUGAAGAAGAGAUGCAGGAAUACUAAAGCGGCUAAAAAGCCUUGUGAUGUGAAGCCCAGGACGGUUCCUGAAAGUUUGCAGUUGCAGCGGUUGUUUAUGAUGUGCCACCAAGUGUUCAAAGGCCCCGGCACCGUCCCUUCCGAUAGUGAUGUGGAGAGGCUCAGCCGCAUUCUAGAUGAUAUGAUGCCAGAAGACGUUGGACUGAGCAGCAAUCUGCAAUUCUUUAAUCCUAAAGGUGUGGUUGAAGGUAAUCCAAGAGUCACAAACACAACGAUCUACAAGGGCAACAACUUCUCGUUGUGCAUUUUCUUUCUUCCCUCAGCUGCUGUUAUACCUUUACAUAAUCACCCGGGAAUGACAGUUUUCAGCAAGCUUCUACUGGGAAGCAUGCACAUCAAAGCGUAUGACUGGGCUGAUGUUCCAUCUUCAGCUGCUAUAGGUGAUUCAAAUCAAGAUGGAUGCACAUUGAGAUUGGCAAAAUUGAAAGCAAAUAAAACAUUCACACCACAAUGCAACACCUCUGUCUUAUAUCCUACAUCUGGAGGAAACAUUCAUGAAUUUAGGGCUAUUACACCAUGUGCAGUGCUUGAUGUGCUUGGACCGCCAUAUUCCAAAGAUGAUGGGCGUGACUGUUCAUAUUACAGGGACAUUCCCUAUGGUGCUUCAUCAAGCGGAGAUGUAAAUGUUGCAGAAGCAGAUGAAGAUGGUGACCUGUAUGGAUGGUUAGAGGAGAUUGAAAUACCAGAUGAGUCGAAAAUGGAUGUUAUCCAGUACUUGGGUCCACGGGUUGUAUAGAGUAGUAGAAUUCUCAGUAGGCUCUCAAAUGCACGUCGCAGUUUUUGUUUUGUUUUCGUAGGGAAGUAGGAUGCCCUUUUUUCUCCCACAGUGCUUAGAAUCUUAGUUACUAUCUUGUUUCCAGAUAUCAUCAUGUAACAUGUGUAUGCCUAGAGCCAUAGUCUCGCUCUGUAGAUUUAGAAGCCUUCCUCAUAGUUGUAUAGAAAUUACUUCGAGAUGUAUAUAAAGUUAUAAAUAGAUAGAAGGGUUUUAUAUGGAGGCUGGCAAUUGAGAAGUCCUGUUUUUCAUUUGGAAAGGCUUAUACGGGAAAGUUCCAAA